AUGUCCGAAUCACUUGCCGCUUUCCGAUCUGGGAGGAGCGACGAGCUCCGGAAGCUCGCGGAAGAGCACUUCCAGCACGAUUUGAACGAUAAUGACCGCGAAAUCCUGAGAACUGCGGGGAGGAAAGUCUCAACCCAUACCAAGGUAGGCUCGCUGCUGGGUCUUGGUUUCGGCGUCUUGUGCGCUUUUAGACUACGAAAGAUGCGAUUGGCCUACUUUAACGCCUUCAGAGCGAUGGAGAAGCCCGUCGAGGUCAAAUUUGCAGAUGGCAGGACCCAACCCAUCCCAGAUCUCACCGCCCAGCUUGCGCCUUCAAAGUGGGGUGAUGCAGCCACCUAUUUCUUCUUCUCUAUCGGAGGUUUGUUCCUAGGUGGUGAAACAGGCCUUCUUUCAGGUACCGCGUCAGCGUCACGCACUAUUACGAAGAACUCUGAAGCAAAAGAGCGGAUAGAGAAGGCGUGGAAGAACUAUCGUAUUGAUGCGAUGAAGCAAGAGAUCAAGAAGUUGGAGGGCAAGUCAAAGCUUGAACAGCUCUUCAGCUCAUGAGAAAAGCUGUAUGAUUUAGGUAAUAUUUGCGUCGAGCAUACUGGC